CGGAUAUGAUGACAGAUGCCGGGAUCCUCGGCACAGGAAGCCGCAGAUACAAGCCGGCUCCCCGCCACUGCGGGUGGUGCUCCGUCCAAGGAUCCUGACCAGGCAAGGAAUUAAACAAAUCCUAAACAAUGAGGUUAAUACAGCUUUUUAGUUUUCUACUAUAUGGACUUGUCCUGAAUGCCCACACUGCUACAGAGAAUGGCAGAUGUGAAGAAGUUACCAAUACCUGUGCCGUUAUAUCAUGCAGUACACAUAGCCCCAGUGGACUGCCUGGAAGAGAUGGAAGAGAUGGCAAAGAAGGUCCAAAAGGAGAAAAAGGAGACAGAGGUGCGCAGGGAUCCAGGGGAAUUCAGGGACCACCUGGUAAACUUGGUCCUCCUGGAGUAAAGGGAGAAAAAGGCUCUGUUGGAGAAAAAGGAGAGCAGGGUAUUAGUGCUACCUCAGAGGUUGAUGUCGUCAAAGAACAAUUAAAUGUAUUUCAAAAAGAACUAGAGACAUUUCAAGCAAGCCUUACAAAGUAUAAAAAAAUUCUUCUCUUCCAUGGUGGGAAACAGUCUGGUGAUAAAGUGUUUGUUACCAAUGGCUUAGAAGAGAAUUUUGAAAAUGCUCAAAAGACUUGCAGAGAAGCUGGUGGUGCCCUAGCAACUCCAAGAAAUGCAGCAGAAAAUAGUGCAGCGCAAGAGAUACUCCACACAAAGGGGGAGUCAAGCAAAUCUUUUUUGGGUAUAUCAGACAUGCAAGUAGAAGGUAUAUUUAGAUACAUAUCAGGUGAAAAGAUUACAUUUACUAACUGGAACUUAGGAGAGCCAAAUAAUAGCAAGGACAAUGAAGACUGUGUGGAGAUUCAAGACAAUGGGAAAUGGAACGACAUUCCUUGCAAUCUGCUUCGACUUGUUAUAUGUGAAUUCCAAUAAAGUUAUUCAAACAUGAUAGCAUGUACAUGAAAAAUGAAUUGUCAUUUAAAAGUCUUUAAUGCACUGAUCCAAAACUGCACAGCCAUUAAGGACUCAGUCCAUUUUCACCUUAACCCCUUAAGGACCAAGCCCAUUUUCACCUUAAGGACCAGGCCAAUUUUAUUUUUGCAUUUUCAUUUUUUCCUCCUCGCCUUCUAAAAAUCGUAACUCUUAUAUUUUCAUCCACAGACUAGUAUGAGGGCUCGAUUUUUACGCAACUAGUUGUCCUUUGUAAGGACAUCACUCAUUUGAUCGUAAAAUGUAUGGUGCAACCCAAAAAAUACUAUGUGUGGAGAAAUUAAAAGGAA